AUGAAAGUAUUAUAUUCUGUGGUUUUUUAUAUAUCAUUGGCAAUUCCAUUAUGUUCUUCCAAUGUUUCCACGUUCUGUGGAAACGAUGAACAGAUCGAAGAUUUACAAACGGCGUUAUUGACACAGGAAUCUAUUUAUACGGUAAUGACAACACUGAGCGCAAUACCUGUAACCGGUGCGGCGUUAACGUUGGUGCAAGUGAUGUUAUCUGGCCAGUUUGCUUUGCAUUUGAAUGAUGUAUUUGAAGAAAUGGACAGUUCAUUGAAUAAGGAUCAUAUAGACUACGGACAGUGUUCAGCAAUCUUGGAAGAAAUCGUCACAGCAUCCACAAUCAUCAAGUCAACUAGUUCUGGGUUCUCUCUCGUGUCAUUGAUACCGGGUUUAGGUUUGGCACUUUUACCUCCGAGGUUAGGUGGAUCGAUAACUGCUAUGUUACUUAUAAAAGAAAGAUUAGCAUUUUGGCAAAAGACCGGUUGCCAAUAUGCUACAACAAGAGAUUGUAAUUUAUAG